AUGCUGGUAGGCUGCACUCAAGCAGAGGCACCCGGAGGAGGGGCUGAAGAUCUUCACGGAGGACGUGAUGGAGUGCUGGACUUCCUGCUCCGGCAGCACAAGCACCUCGUCAUCCCAUACCUGCUGCUGGCGGCUCCGGCAGAAGGCGAGGAGCGUUCCCCUUCACAGGACGAGGAGGCGAAGCAACUGCGGGCCAAACUGUUGACUUUUUUAGAGCGCUCAACGCACUACAUCCCUGAGACUGUGAUCAUCCACUUCCCAUUGGACUGUGAGUCUUGCAAAUGA